AUGGCGGAUCCUGAACCAGAGGACCCUCCAAUAAAGACCCUGAAGCCAUUUCCUACAAUCAACAACCCGGAAAACUUCUCCCUGAUCGAUAAUAACGAGAAAAAGGUGAGUUUUAAAGCCAAGAAAAAUGAAUUAGGCAUUCCAGAGUGGUCCCUAUAGGGUUAGGAGGAAAAACAGCCCAUAAAGAGGCCGAAAAAGUGGUCCUUAUAGGGGAAACCAAGGUGGUACCUAUAAAGGUUUAGGGUCUGAUUCCUUAGCCCUUAAAGCUUAAGUGGUCCCUAUAGGGGUCAUUCAUUUUCAUCCAAAAAAGGUUAUUUUUUUAAUUUUUCGCAUGGAAAUGCUUCUUCGCAGAGUUCAUCGACUAGCAUGUCCCCUCUAGGGACCACUUUUGAAGGCUCAAGUGGCCCCUUUAGGGUUUGGUAAAAUGGCCCCUAGACCUUAUAAGGACCACUACGAAGCUCCUAGUCUUGUAAAAACAUGAAUUUUUCAUCAAAUAAUGAAUUUCAGGCCAAAAAUGAGACUAAAAUUUCUCAAAAAUCAGCUUUUCUCCGUUUCUAAUGAAUUGGUAUCAUGUGAAAAUCUGUUUUUCUCCGCUAAAAUUUUAGGAUUUUUCAAAAAACAGCCCGUUUUUUGAAUUUAAUAGUAAAAAAAACUUUGAAACUUGAUAAAUAUAUAGCUGUUCAGGUCAAAAAAAUGGGUAAAACUAAGAAUUUUUUUUAUUGAAAAAAACGGAUUUUCCGCUCAAAAUUAAUUUUUUUCAGUUUACUAUCGAUUUUUUUAUCAUGUAAGCUUCCGUUUUGUCGCCAAAUUUUUUUAGAAAUUUAGGAAAAAAAUGACCUUUUUUUCAAGUUUGAUUAGGAAAAAAAGUGGGGGAAAUAAUGGGAAUUUCACUUCUUCUGUUUAAAAAAAGCUAAUGAAAUUCUUUUUUUCGUAUAAAUAUUCAGAAAUUUAGGAAAAAAACAAUCUUUUUUUCAAGUUAGAAAAGAAAAAAAUGAGAAAACCCCACAUUUCCAUUCAGAAAAUGAGUAUAAAAUGAGGAAUUCAUUUUUUUUCCGCUUAAUAAUUUUCAAAAUUUCAGGUAAAUCUCAGAAGAGACGGUGUGCUCAAAAUCCACAUUGCCGACGUCUCAAAAUGCUUAAAAAUCCGGAAGGACCCGACUCCGUGUAUUCUACGGUAUCUGGAGACGAAUUUCCAAAUCGGGGUGAGUUUUUGAAACUAGAAAAUCGGAAAAUUCUUCAUUUUUUCGAAUUUUAUCGUCUUUUAAUGCUAUCAAAUUGAAAAAAAUCUGAAGAAAAAUUUUGAAAAAUUCCUCUCAAAAAAAUCGGAAAAAUUAGUAAUUUUAUAUGAGCUCCUUACAUAGUUGCAUCCUGCUUGGGUAUUUUUUUAAUUGAAAAAUUAAUUAAAUAAAUUUUUUUACCUCACUCUCAAAUAACUUUGUUUAAAGUCUGUCCUAUUGAAACUUCAAUUUUUGAUUUUCCAAUUAAACUGAACACUUUGAAGUCCUGAAUUCGACUUCACUAAACUAUUUUAAGGCCUAAAAUCCUGGUUCAAAAGGGUCUAACUGACCCAAAAAAUCAAUCUGUACCUAAGUUUUGUCCAGCUUUAAGCCAUAAAAAAUUCAAUUUCUCCAACAAAAGAAAAUCUUAUGAUGGAUUUAUGUCCUGACAAGCUUUGUUCAUAGUUUGGUCUCCGAAAAAAACCGAAGUUUGAUCUCAAAAUUGAGCUUAACUGUCCUUUCUUGUUUUUACUUUACUCAAGUCUUAUAAGGCUUUAGUCGGGCUAAAAUUUUGCUUGAUAAGGUCUAAAAAACCAAAAAAUCUGUAUCUAGGUCUUGACCAGCUGUUUGUUUAUAGUUUGGUCUACAGAAAAACCAACUUUUCAUUUUUUUUAAUUUAGCUGAACUUUUUUCAAGUAUUCAAAUUUGACUGAAUUUGAGCCCUGUAGGGCUUUAGGCGGGUUUAAAUCCUCCUUUAUGAGGUCUAACUAAUCUCAAAAGUCUGUACCUAAGUCUUGACAAGGUUUGUUUAUAGUUUGGUCUCCGAAAAAAACAAAUUCCUAUCUUUAAAUUGAGCGUAACUCACCUAAGAUUUUUUUUUAAUUUGGUGGAAUUUGAGCCCUGUAGGGCUUUAGGCGGGCUUAAAUCCUCCUUUAUGAGGUCUAACUAAUCCCAAAAAUCUGUAUCUAGGUCUUGAUAAGUUUUGUUCAUAGUUUGUUCCACAAAAAACUUCAACUGAGAACUUUUAUUUCGAGCUCAGUUGUUCCAAGUUCUUCAAUUUGACAGUACUGUAGUCCUUGAAGGCUUUAGACGGGUCAAAAUCCUGAUUUAUCAGGUCUAACUGAUAAAAAAUCAGUACCUAGGUAUUGUCAAGUUUUGUUCAUAGUUUAAUCUACGAAAAAACCAAAGUUUGAUCUCAAUAUUGAGCUAAACUGCUUCAAGUUCUUGAUUUUACUCUACUUUAGUCUUGUAGGGCUUUAGGCGGGCUAAAACUCUUUUUUACAAGGUGUUACUAAUCUAAAAUUUGCACCUAGUUCUUGAAAAAGUUCUUUUUUUAUGGUUUGGUCUCUACAGCAAAUAUGAAUUUUGAAUCUCAAAAGUUCAAUUAUUUUUUUCAAGCUAAAUAAAAUCUUUCAAUCUUCAGAAAACCUAGGCUUUGCAAAAGUUCCAGUCAUAUUUAAAUCUUCAGGAACUUUUUUUCAAAUUGAGCUCAAUUUUCUCAAGCUCCAGCUACGAAAAUUUCAAACAAAGCAGAAUGUUAAAAAUCCCGGAAAACUGGUCUUGACAAGCAGCUUGUAGUUUGGACUCCAAAAACCAACGUCAGAUCUUUAAAUUGAGCUGGACUCUUCCAAGUUCUAUCUUUGGAAAAAUUUACCUUUUUUUCCCAAAAAAACAUAAAAAACGACAACUUUCAAACUUUACAAGCUUUAGUUUAUCAUCUACAGAAAAAUCGAUUUUUUUAAUUUUCAAUUUGAGCUGGACUACGCUUCAAGUUCGGACCAUAACAAUUUCAAUUUUUUUUUUCUCUCACAAUUUUCGGAAACCUAAGUUUUGAAAAACUUACACAAACUCAAUUUUUGAUCUCCAAAUUGAGCUGAACUGAUCCAAAUUCUAGCCAUGGGAAAGACUCCAAAAAAAAAACAUACAAUUUCAGAAAACCGAGGACGAAACGGCGGAUGGCCGCAAACGCAAGGAAGAAUCGAGCGAAUGCAACGUGCCCACGAAAAAAAAUAAAAAUGAAUAA